AUGCUCAAUUUCAAUCUCUUUGUUCUAAUUAUUUAUUUCAUUCAAUUAGCAUAUUAUUACGCGAGAAUUAUACCAGGAGGAACUUAUACGGAAGUAUGUUCAAAAUCACGUAAUGAAAAUGAAACAUCACUUUAUCGUAAAAGAGAUUUUGAAAAGGAUCUGUCAUCAUAUGAUAUGUAUACACAUAUAUUUAAAUUACUUCUGAAGAAAAAUAAAUUUAAUAGUAAUAAAAAGGCAAUUGUAGAAUAUGAAUGUGGAAAACCUAAACAUUUUUUCACAUACGACGCACUUUUUAGUAGAAUUAUUGGGUUUAGUCAUUCUCUUAAUAAUUUUGAAGGAGGAGUACCAGUUAAAAAAUAUGAUGAAGAACAGAAUGGGGGAGCAUUUAGAAUAUUAGGAAUAUAUGGAAAUAAUUCUGCAAAUUGGAUAGUUGCCGAUUUAGCAUCUAUGCUAAGUGGUGUUACAACUUUGAUAAUGCAUUCUAAAUUUAGUUUUGAUGAAAUUGUGGAAAUUUUACGUGAAUCCAGACUGGAAUGGUUAUGCACAGAUCUUAAUUUAGUUGAUAAAUUAUUAUCUCGCAGAAAUGAUUUGCCUGAUAUAAAAUAUUUGAUAAUAUUAGAUCAUUUUGGAAAACCUAAUAAUAGUAAUAAUGUUUUUGAAGGCAAUAAUGAAGAGGAAGAAGAUAAUGAAAAUAUUUGUGAAAAUGAAAAGGAAAAAUUAAAUAAAUUAAAUCAAUUAAAAGAAGAAGCUAAAAAUUUCGGAAUUAAAAUAGUUGAAUUUGAGGUCUUAGUAGACAAUAAUGAAGGAACUGAUAUCAUACAAAAUGAAUCCGAAAAUUUUAUCACCAGUAUAGUUUAUACAUCAGGUACUUCUGGAAGACCAAAAGGAGUUAUGUUAUCAAAUGAAAAUUUUUAUUAUACACUUACGUCACUAUAUGAUUCUAAUCUUUUUUCAUUUAACUUGUUAAAGCAUCUUUCAUAUUUGCCUCUUUCUCAUAUAUAUGAAAGAAUUAAUGUACAUCUCGCAUUGUUAAAGGGAUUAGAAGUGCAUGUAUGGAGUAAAGAAAUUCAUUAUUUUGUAAAAGAUUUAUUAGAGGCAAAAUCAAAUUUUUUAACUGGUGUACCUAAAGUUUUUAGUAAAUUAUAUGCUAAUAUUAUGACAGAAAUAGAAAAGUUGUCAAAAGUGAAACGUUUUUUUGUAGAAAAAAUUUUACAACUUAGAAGAUAUAAUAAUAAUGGAAAAUUUGGAAAAUUUCUCGAAUCUAUAACUCAUAUUUCAAAAAAAAUCAGAAGAAGAAUUAACCCCAAUUUAACAUUUAUGAUAAAUGGAGGUGGUAGAUUAUCAUCCAAAAUAGAAAAAGAAUUACAUAUUUUACUGGAUGCAAAAAUUUAUCAAGGAUAUGGAUUAACUGAAACAACUGGACCUUUAUUCCUGCAGAAUAAAGACGAUAUGCAUUAUAGCACUGUAGGAGGUCCUAUAUCUUCAAGUACUGUAUUUAAAUUAGUAACAUGGGAAUCUUAUAAUGUUAAUGAUAAACUCCCAAAAGGAGAAUUAUUAGUUAAAAGUAAGCAAUUAUUUUGUGGUUACUUUUUAAGAAAAGAACAAACGAAAAAUGCUUUCACUGAAGAUAACUUUUAUAAAACUGGUGAUGUAGUUCAAAUUAAUGAUAAUGGAUCUAUUUCAUUUUUAGAUAGAUCGAAAGAAUUAGUUAAACUUUCUCAAGGUGAAUAUAUAGAAACGGGAUUACUUAAUAAUUUAUAUUCAGAAAUUUCUUUUAUUAAUCAUUGUGUUGUAUAUGGAGAUGAAGAUUUAGAUGGACCAAUUGCUAUUGUUUCAAUUGAUAAAAAUUUAUUUUCCAAAAGUCUAUUAGAAGAUAAUAUUUUAAGUGAUCAGAAGAUUUCUGAAGAAGAAUUUUUAGAUUUAGUAGAUGAUGAUAUGAUAAACGCAGAUAUUUAUGUAAAUUAUGUAAAGGAUAAGAUGCUGGAAACAUAUAAUAAAACUAACUUAAAUAGAUAUAACAUAAUCAAUACUAUAUAUUUAACUGUAAAAAUUUGGGAUACUAAUAAUUAUCUAACUCCAACAUUUAAAGUAAGGAGAUUCAACGUAUUCAAAGAUUAUUCUUUUUUCAUUGAAAAAGCUAAAGAAUAUCAUUUUAAUUCAAAAGUAGAAAAUCUUAAAGUAAAAAAUAAAUUGAAAUAA